AUGUCACGCAACGCUGCAGACGCGCCAUCUUCUGCUCCUAGUAAUCCGACCGACGAACAACGACGACGCAGGAGUCCACCACGCCCGUUCUCGAAUUCGCCCUCUCCACAUACACUCCCUAUGGACCCACGAAACAUCCCAGAAGCUUCCCUCACCAGCAACAUCCCCUCACAGCCCGUCCCCGCCGCCUCUUUCACGCGCGUCCACGCUCCCUCCGCUGCCGCUCCUUCCUCGAACCCCGAGUCAAGUCAUAGAAGAAGGAAGCGCGAGCGCUCGAGCCCUUCGGGGUCAUCAUCGCAAGGCGACAUGGCGGAUACCGAAAUGGAAGGAGGGACCAGCAAGCCCUCGACCUCGGAGAGCGCGCCCGAAGGGCCGCCCCCAAAGAAGAAGCGGACACGGACCUUGACUACACCGCACCAGGCCGCUGUCCUGCACGCACUGCUCGCGCAGUCUCGGUUUCCCACUACACAGAUGCGCGAGGAGGUAGGGAGGUCAAUUGGCCUGAGUGCUCGCAAAGUGCAGAACCAACGCCAGAAGGCGCGUCGGCCCCGCGGACAGGCGUCCACCACGUCCGCACCUCUUACGCGACCACCUCAAUUUGGGCCCUUCACCAAUGUACCGCCAGGCGCACUGAGCGAUGUGAGCCCCGCGGCGAUGACCGCUCACUCAGGGUCAAGCAUGGAAGGCUUCUUCCCGCGCGGUCCCGGCGGGGCGAGCGAGAUGGGCUACGGCAGCGCGAGCGCAUCUUCUAGCGUCCUCCCCGAGCAAUUCUCGCAUUCGCAUCGCGAUCCCUAUCUUGCCGAGGAUCAUGCGAGAUCCGCUAUGCCUGCCACGCAGCUUGCCGGCCCUGGUAUCCCUGGCUCAAGCCGACGCGCCCAAUUCGACGAUCCCGCAUGGACAGGACGCUCGCAAGGGUUCCCGCCACGGCCGUCCACGGCCGCCGUUGAGAUACCGGAAUCGUACAGGCUGACGCCUCGUACCGGCCGACCUCCAGGAGAGCAGGGUCCCGAGCUAACUCUGACGCUGCCUCCGGUCGCAACGAACGUUCCACGUGUGCAUGGACCCGCAUCCAGUCCAAUGACCCCUCUGAGCGCCGGUCCGUACCCAACGCUCGCGUCCCUGAGCUCACUCGAGUCCAAUUCGUCCACCCAUCGACCGCGCUCUUUUGAUGACCCGCGGCGUACCCUCCCACCUGCCAAUGUCGACUUCGCCUCGUUCCGGCCUGUCUUGAACAUCCCACCCCCAUUCACGCUGCAGCCACAGCCACAGUGGGACGACCCAGCGUUCUCGCCGUACAAUCGCCGUCGGUCACCGCCCUCGCAGCUGCGAGGUGCAGCGCCGCCGUUUGGAGACUCGCCAACGACUAUGCGCUCCCCCUUUGUGCCCGAACCGCUUCCCAGCAUCUCCACUGCUAUCCCCAUGGCAUACUCUGGGCCAUCGCCCGGCCGCAGUCCUUCUACCACUUUCCCCCGCACGCGCUUCGACCCUAUACGAUCUAUAGCAGGAGGUGCACCGCCAGAACACCCUGCACGACCUGGACUCUACGACUACACAGAUGAACCACCACCUAGCACUUAG